UUCGUUAUCGAGAAACACGGCUUCUUCCAGUAAUAUACAACACGGCUCGGCUGGGAUAGAACCGCCACACGCGAUGCUCGACUUGCCUCCAACCAACACGGGUCCCGAUCGAUCCCCACUAGCUGCGGCUGAUAAGAGGGCACGUACGCGCACACCCCCACACCCUCGGUGCUCAUCACAUCACAUCGCUUGACCUCUCUCCCUGUCCCAAUCCAACAGUGCUUUCGUGUCUGUCCAUGGUCAUAGCAGCCUGCCUCCGCGAGCUCUGCUCCUGCGGCCGCUGCCCCCGCGACGACGAAUCCGAGCCCGUCAGCCAAGCGACGCCGUCGACGAUGGCCGCCACCGCCGUCGGCGACGGCCAGAUCAACACCGCCACCACCAUCACGCACCGCACGGUGGAGGUGGGCACCGGCGUGCGCCUGCACGUGGCGGAGGCCGGCCCGGCGGCGGCGGCGGGCGCGCCAAUGGUGCUGCUGCUCCACGGCUUCCCGGAGCUGUGGUACACCUGGCGCCACCAGAUGCGCGCGCUGGCCGCGGCGGGCUACCGCGCCGUGGCGCCCGACCUGCGCGGCUACGGCGGCUCCGACGCGCCCGCGGCGCCCGGCGGCGACGCCGCCGGGCAGUACACGGCGCUGCACGUGGUGGGCGACCUGGUGGCGCUCCUCGACGCCCUCGGCGAGGAGCGCGUGUUCGUGGCCGCGCACGACUGGGGCGCGCUCACGGCGUGGAGCCUCUGCCUGUUCCGCCCCGACAGGGUGCGCGCGCUCGUCGCGCUCAGCGUCGCCUACGCGCCCCGGAGCGCCGCGCGGAGGCCCAUCGACGGCCUCAGGGCGCUCUUCUGCGACGACUACUACGUCUGCCGGAUCCAGUGUGUAAAUAUGCGAGGCGAUUAAACCCGUCACGGAUACACAUUAAGGAGGUUGGUUUCGCAAAACUCCAAGGGGUUUUCUGUGAAUUUGAUGUUCGUCGAGUGCAGAUUGGUUUCGCCAAGGACCAGGGUUUUUUUUCCAUAAAGUUGCCAUCAAUAGAGUGCGUGUCGAUUUCGUUGAAGUUCAGGUGGUCUUUUGUAGACAUUCACAAAGUCCGGGAGCUUUUUUGUAAAAUUGCCAUCUAUGGACUACGGUUGAUUUCACCAAAGGUCGAGGGGUUUUUCGCCAAAUUUACGUCCCCAGAUCGUCCAUGCGUCCGUAGCGAGAAAGCUUGUAUGUGGCAGUCAUCAUACGUGUCAAUAUUGUGGUAUAUACAAUGUGUAAAAGUGUGAGGCGAUUUAACCCAUCACCAAUAUACAUUAAGCGGGUUGGUUCUGCAGAAGUUUUGGGGUGUUUUCUGUGGAUUUGUUGUUCGUGGAGUGCAAAUUUAUUUCACCAAAGCUCAUAGGAUUUUAUGUGGAGCGACGUAGGUAGAGUGCGGGUUGAUUUUAUCAGAGUUCAGAGGUUUUUUUUGUUUGAAAAACUAUAGUAAGCCCCACAUAUAAUUGGUUCCGUGGGCCCCACAUAUGGUGUGACCCACUUGUGGGACCCAUGGGUCCACGGUGGGGCCCACUUGUGGGACCCACAUUGUCGGGUCCUACGAGGCCCAUGGUGGGGCCCACAUGUGGGACCCAUGUCGACAGGUCCCACAUGUGGGGUCAAAUGUCAUAGAAUUGUUUCUGGUCGUUGGAACGGCCGAUCCGACGGCCCAUACAUUCUUGCCGACGUGGCCACCUCCUGGUGCAAGGAAAUGCACCAGGAUUAGUUAUAUAGAUAGAUAGAUUCUCCAAAAUGGCAGUGGCUGUGAAUUUUUUUUUUGCGAGGAUUAGUUAUAUAGAUUUUCCGAAAUGGCAGUGGUUGUGGAUUGUGACCACAUCAAGCAACAUGCAUGUUGUUAAUCUGUUUCCAUCUUCUCCGUCGACAUGAAAAAGCGUGUGAUGCGAUGAAUCAACCAAAAAAAAAA